AUGACGUACCGUCUCUCUGGCAAUCUAGACUUCCCACGGCCUGAGGACUUCCUCAGGAGUGAACGCCUCGAGCGCCUCUGUCAAAUCAAAGCGGAUCUCCAUCAUUUCGAAACGAGUGAGCCCCAGACACUUGCCUCCAUAGGAGAACAAGCUAUCGAAGACACUGACAGCGACCUCAUUGAGUACUACGACGAGCCCUUCCGCACAGCUGUCAUAGCGCCUAAGCGGCCCAGAGCAGACGACGAACCCUGGGGCCUGGAAUGUGCUUUCUCAGGGUUUUCAAUCCGAGCGAUGGCUACCUGGGGUGGUGGGAGGCCUCUCAUGGGCUUUUACGCCCAGCUGGACUUCCCUCCGUUGAUAUCGCCCAAAGAACUCAUUGCCCGUCGAGGGAAUCCAUUGACCUCUACAAGGAAGGCUGCACGGUAG